AUGGAAGAAAAGGACUUUAGAAAAACUUGUCCUGUAGAUAUUGAAUAUGAACUAGGAAUGGUUGAUACUAAAUUAAAAGUCACAAAUGAUUUAAUUCCAUUUACUAAAGAUUCUCUUUUUGUAUUAAAGCCUAUUGGUAUUUACGAACCUUAAAAAGAAGAAUAAGGUAAAUUAUUUAAUCCUGAUCCUAACAUACCUGUUAGAAACUUUAACUCAUAAAGAAAUUAGAGACGUCUAAACAGAGCUAACAGGUGA